UCAGCAUUAACAAUGACAACAACACCACUAGUAACAGUAACAGUACUAUCAGUGAUGAUUUAAGUAACAACAGAUUCAUCAAUUGCAAUCAUAGAGAAUUGCUGAGCCUUGCUCCACCCUCACAGUUUGUAGUCUUCCAUCAUGAGAUGAACACCAGUGAGUCAUCUGGCCUUGUAGAACAUGUUGUAGGUGAUAGAGAGUGUUUUCAAGAUUUGAGGUGUGAUGAUGUACCAACUGUGUGUGAACAGAGUGAGCUGCCAAUGCCACCAACCCCCAAGUCUUUGCCCUCUUCAGUUAAAUCAGAGUCAGUUAAUAAUCACUUGGUAAUCAAACCAAAUGCACAGGAAGAAUGUGCAAUUGCCCAGAAAAUUCAGCAACAGCCAUUAAUGAUAGAUUACAACCACCAGAGGGCCUCCAAAGAGUCUCCCUGUAACCUGAGAAGACAAGACAAACUUUUCACAAUUAUGAGAAACAAAAAUAGUUCACAUGAUUUGGCCAGCUCCUUAAUGAGUCCGGAUUCAACAAAUAUUUCCCCUAACAUCAGUCAUACUAAGACAGACAAUAAGGAAAAAAGUCCAGCAAACAGCAGGGUGAUGGGAAAGCUGGCCAAGCCAUCAGGUUCCUGUGGCUUUCGUUCAGUACAGAUGCUCCACACUGACAGUCAAAAAGCUUAUUCCAAAUCAUCAUGCAAAAAUUUAGAUAGUUUUAAUGAAAUGGUUUCCAAGAUACACGCUCAGUGUAGACCCUUGAAAAAUAGCAGUAUACCACAGAAGUCUGAAGAAAUGCCUCGGUUUCGCACUGUUAAGAGGGACAACUUUAGCUUCCCUAAAAUAACCUUUAACCAGGAUUUGAGGGAGUGUGAGGCACCAAAUCUGGAGGGCUUGGUGAUGAACCACUUCCCACCAUGUGAUGAUGAUAGUACAACUUCCUCUGGUGUGGAAAACAAUCAUGAUGCAGCUGCUCCUCUGAAGUAUCCUCGUGUUGCUGAAAAUGUUAUGAAAAUGUUCUCGCCUACAUCUAUCGCAGGGGGAAAUCUACAGGUAUGCAGUCAGCAAGAUCAAAGAAGCCUCAGUCAUCAGCAACCCACUACCUCUCGACAGAUUCACCAGAGUGAAAGGGACAGCAGUUCUGGAAGGUUUUCUAGGUGGUCUGGCAGACCUUUCACCAUGCCACAAAGGCACUGGUUUCCAAUGGAGAAAGAUGGACAGUUGGAUCACAUGAGAUCUUCACCUACCUUAGGCUCCUCACCCUCCUCCUCAGUGUUCUCAGACCCAUAUGUCCGCAGCAGCCCACCGUCACGCCCAUCCUCUAGAAUCAGUUUGAGAAAUGAAUAUGAUGAGCCAGAUGAUGAAAGCAGUGAACAACCAGACUCUUCUUUGUUAUUGGUGCAUCAAAUUGCUGCUGUGGAAAACAUAACAGAAAAAAAGGUGAGGGUGGCAGAACUGGCUGCUUCCUUCACAGACUGCAGCAACAUCUACUCCUCAGGCACCAAAUUUAAUUCCAUCAUGAAGGCUUGCAGGAAUGGUGUGCUGAGCCCAGAGGUGAGGGAGGUGAUAGGAGCAUUAGGAAUAUCGGUCAUGUUGGAGUGUAUACGACAGAAGAUCUUCAGUGAAGCAGAACUGACCAUCCUCAGCCUCCAACUUCAUAAGCUGUCUUUCCUCAAUAACUUAGUGUCAUGGAAGGAUGGUUGCUCAGAGCAGCAGCUGGCAGUGAAGGCCCUGCAGGUGCUGUACCAUAUGAAGAACUACAGUCUCUUCAUAGAUAUCUUGGAAGAGACUUCCUGGUCUGGGGAUGUGGAGGACGUGAGGACACGGCUGCAGCUGUUGAAUGAAGUGCUGGACGUGCUGCGUCAGUUAGGGAAGAACAAGGUCAGUCUGUGGUACACUGGCAAGAUCCUCGCCUUCCUGGUCACAUACUACCACAGAGACACCAAGAUGCUUCACAACUACCACAACUUCCUUGAUCUGCCAGGUCAUCUUGAGGCAGCCUGGGAAUGGGUUGAGGCACUAGAGGUUGUGGGAGUAGUAGAGCAGUUCACCGUGAUCCUCAACACUGCCCUCCGCCUGCGCCUUCCAUUUAGCCAACACUUCAUAUACCACCUGAUGAAUAGAGGCAUUGGUGUAGGUAGCAGGGAGAUGGUUAUGUCACCAGAGAGGAGUUAUGGUGAACCUUCUUUACUGCUCACCAUUCCUCCAAGGGAAUGUGCAUCGCUAAAAUGGAAGGGUAAACAAAGGCAAGGCAGAGGCAGCAAGAGGAGAGGCAGCUUCCAAGGAACAUGUAGGGGUGGCAGGCCACGUGGAUAUCGUUUGGGUCAGGCUGCAUUAGACAGGCAGCAGAAUUGACUAGGAUAUGAUUAGCAUCAGGCUCUGUUAAGCAAAAAUCUAAUUAAAUGCAGUUUUUUGAAAUAGUGAUGUAAGGAUAGAAUGUUGGUAGUGAAUACAGAGAUGUAUUUGAAGAGGAAAAGUUUUCAUUGAAAUAAAAAAAAAAAAAAAAAAUGCAAUUAUAUCGUCAUCUAAUUCAAGGUUUAGCUGUUAAUGUUUCAUUGUGAACGUAUAUUUAGUUAAAGGUACACAGUUACCUUUGAAUUGUCAAAGUUAGAAUAUUAGUUUCAAUUUUAUAUUCCCAUUUAAUCAUAAGCAGUUAAGGCUAAUAAUAUUCAACAGAGCUGUUAGUUGAGGCCAAAUGCUCUACCAAGCAUAAGUAAAUGUUUGGAAAUGAAGGGAUGAACAGUGAGAGGUAGAGGUGCACACUGCAAAAUGUAAACUCUUACUCUCCUUCAUGAAAUAAAGACUUUAGUAUACAAAUAAAUAUUACAAACAACAGUUCAACCUUUUCUUUUGGUUUUGUAAUUUGUGAAACAAUAAUUACAACUUUGAGUUAUAUAAAUAAAUAUUGUAGACAUCAUUGUUUAACAUUUUUUUGCCUUUAUGUAAUGCAUAAGAAUAUUUUUCCAACAAAAAUCACAAAAACAAGUCUGCAUAAUACCUGUGUACCAGGAAAACAUUAUCUGCAAAGAAGACUGCCAAGAUACACACAUUCCUUUAAGACUGAUGAUCAACAGCAUAAUACUGUAAUGUAUGAUUUGAAAAUAACAAUGUAGAGGACAAAAAC